UGCAAAUGGUUGCAUGCUAGAUAUUUGAGUAAUGCAUCGAUUGAGCUAAAAAUGGAUGAGGAUGGUAUCAUAUUUUCUUUUCAUAAGCCACCGGGUAGACAUGUUUCUACAAACAAAAAGAGGAAAAUGUCUAAAAGGGCGAAAGUGAAUGAAUUGCGUUUCUAUCGUCUAAAGGCUAAAAAGAAGAUGAAUUCACCAAAUCCAGAAGUUAGGAUUAGAUAUAAACUCGAUAAGGCCAAAAGAAAAGAAGCAUGGCUGAUUGAAAAACUGAGAAAAUUCGAGAUUCCCAAGGCCCCAGCUGAAGCAUAUGAUCCUGAACUUUUAACUGAGGAAGAGAAACAUUAUCUAAAGCGUACUGGCGAGAAGAAAAAGAACUAUGUUCAAGUUGGGAGACGAGGAGUAUUCGGAGGUGAUGUUCUCAAUAUGCACCUAAAGUAUUCAUAUUAG